AUGGCGCUCCCACGUGCAGAAGUAUUCGAAGACGAAUUUCCCCUGAUCCGAAGCUGUCCAGUCUUGAACGAAAUCCGCCUUGCGGAGGAAAUUAAGGACUUGACGAUAGAGGUAGCCUCCCUUACCGCGAAUAUUCAUGUUUGUUUGCGUGUUAGGUUAUGGACAGGGCAGAGCUUCACGCCAAUCGUAUUAUAUUGGCGGCUCGCAUUCCGUCUUUGCGAGCCCCUCUGAGUGACCCCCUCGGAGAGGCGAAUUCUGUCCUACGAUGGCCGACCAUGCCACUCAGGUAAAAUCGUCGUCGAUUUGGUGAUUUUGCUUACUGCUUCUGCACUUUCUAGCCUCGCAACUACGUUCAUGCAGUAUGUCUACACGGGCCGAGUGGAGAUGAGAGAAGGCAAUGCGAGAGGCCUGGUGACGCUUGCGAGAAUGCUGGAGUUGCCUCACCUGGUGGACUGGGGAGUGGCAUUCAUGGUCAGAGGGUACGAGCAUUUCCUGUCUAACCGUCUGUUCUGAAGUCUCACUUUAGAAAACCUGUCAGCCGUCUGGGACUGUGCGAGGUCGCUGAACGUUGAAGCACUGACGCAAAAGUGCAUCGGACUGAUGAAGGCGCACUUUGAAGACUUUGUGCCCACCGACCUCUUUGUUCGUCUACCUGCCCAAACUCUAAUCACUGUGCUUCAAAGUAAGGACUUGUCUGUGUCGUCUGAAGAGCAGGUUAUUGCGGCCAUCUCACGGUGGGUGGAUGCAGGUGCGUGCCUGGCGGAUGAUGACAAAAGGCUUCAAGUUUACGCUCCAGCAAUGUUGAGGGAGGUGCAGUGGCACCAGACGACUGUGGAAUGUCGCAAUCGUCUGCUGGACAGUCAUCCGACAUUUGGCAAGAGUCCCGAGUGUCUGUAAGUACACGACAUUGCAGCCUUGUUAUUUUUUCUCUAAAAGUCGGCUACUGUUUCAGAUCUUGAAUUGGCUUGGCGCCUCAGAAAAGGAUAAGCGGCCCUGCCCCUUCAAUAUUAGGCCUCGGGGUCACCAGACAUUAUUUGGAGCAGACAAAGAUCCGACGAUCUUCCUCCUUGGAAUAGACAGUCAGCGAAGGUGGUCUGUCCUGCGUUGGAAUCCGCGUCUGCAGCAGACAGAACGCGUUGCUGACAUGGGAGGAGCUGACCGGACGGGCGCCUCCUACAGUGCGGUGGGUGGUGAGUUUCCUGGACAUUUGUUUGACUGAAGUCUCCUGCCUCUGGGUGCAGGCCUGUCAGCACAUUUUGCUGCCUACGGGGUGCAUUUAGCGCUCGUUGCUUUUUGCUUUUUAAAGAAUGCAAGCCCUUUUUAAGCUGGCUACUUUAUGCAUUGUUUUUUUCCGCCACCGCCACCACCAAACGGAAGAGAGCAUUUUCGUUGUUGGAGGAGGACGGGAUGACGCUAAGCGGCGUGUUGAUGAGUUUCUGGUGAGAGAAGGGCGCUGGCGCGAGCGGGCGCCCCUCGCCGUUGGACGCUUCGGGGGGCACGCAGCCGCCGUCGUGAAGGUUCCCACCGCUGCCGCCGCCGCCGACGGAGAGGAGACGCUUAUUGGCGUUUUCGGUGGAUUCUUGGUUUCCUCCUGUGAGGUCUAUGACGUCAGGCAGGACAGGUGAGUGCAGACACACAUUUAUUAAAGUUUUUUUCGCCAAAAAGAAAGAUUUAUCCCCGCUUCUCCUCACUCGCCUGUUUGCCCGAACAGAUGGCACGCACUGCCCGAUCUGCCGGAGGUGAGGUACGGCCCGGCUGCUGCCUGUCUGCCCGGCGACAGUCGAGUCUUCCUUUUUGGCGGUUCAAAUCGCGGCACCCGGCUUGCCUCUGUGGUCUUCUGCCAUCUGCGAGCAGACUGGCGUCGGCAGGAGACGACCUCAGCGGACUUUUGGCAGUCGGCUGCCCCCAUGAGAACUGCUCGAUGGGGGGCAGCAGCGACGGCCUUUCGGGGAGCAAUUCUGGUCGCCGGUGGACGGGAUGGAGAAGGCAGACUUGUCAACACUGUGGAGAUGUUUACGCCGCCAGACGCCGGCAGCCCCCUCGGCCAGUGGACAGAACUGGCCCACAUGCAGGAGCCUCGCAGCUGGUUCACUCUUGUCACCUCCGCCAACGCCGUCUUCGCUCUCGGCAACGGUAAUGCAACACACCAUUAAAUGCAUUCCUUCUCCUUUUUUCUUUUGAAUGCGCACUCUGCACCAGCACUGUGUGUUUGUGUGUGUGCCUUGAGGCUGAAUGGAGCGACCUCACUGGCGGUGCUAUUAUUACGGUGUCCGGAUAAUUGACCUUUAUAUGGAGUUUUUUUCUGUCUAGUAAACAGUUUUUAAUGCAUGAGAAUUCCUCAUAUCCCACCACAGUGUCUUUUAAAAUCUCGGCUAUAAAAUGACUCCACUGUAAGCCAGUAAAAGACGUUGCCUUUGUCAGGAAUUAUAAGAAAGAAGCCAUUGAAUAUAAAACAACUCAUGCAGCGCUGACAAAAACUCGAUGUACAAUAUUCCAUUUGACUUAUUCGUCUUCCUUAGGUAGAGGACUGAAGACGGGGAAAUAAUUUUUACACAAUUAAAUGCAUUCUUUCUCUCUUUAAUGCCAUGCAUUGGCUCAGCAUGCGACACCUUCGUUAAUCUGACAUGUUUUUUUUCUCUAAAUGGUCACUCGGCAGCACUUCUGUGAAUACUGCCUCCUCCUCUUUGUUUCCCUCUUUCUCUGUCUUAGAAUUUUCUUUUUCGUAACCGACCUUAAUUAAAAUAUUUUUUUAACAGGCAACACGGUAGAGGCCUUCGCAGCCCCAGGAGGUUCAGCCGACCCCGACAACGACUUGACCGCUUGGGUCUGGUCCUCCAAGAACCCAGUGGAAUCGCUCAGCUGGAUUCGCGGAGCUGCAAGCAUUCGCAUGUAA